AUGUUUUGCACGUCCGAGGACGCUGUCGAUAUGGAUAGUGCCAGAGGCGAUAUUCGUCGUCUGAAAGACGGAGAAAUUCUAAAGUACAGUUCUGGAAUCUUGAGUUCAAAAUGGAAGAGAAUGUAUGCGGUUUUGUUCAGCGACUCAAAAUUCGUGUGGUUUGAACAAAAGGGUGACAGAAAACCAAAAGGAAGUGUUCUUCUGAAAGAUGUGAUUCCGUACAUCUGCGUUGGUUUGAUGACAGAUAGAAUGCCAGUAAAAAGACCAAAUGUGCCAGAUGGAAAUUCGGUUCAUCAUCUCGUUGGAAUUGGAAUGAAUCCGAAAGCUAAUCCCUGUCAUUGGAUUUUGUUCUCGUCGGAUUCUGAUAUUGAAUCCUGGUUUAUCGAAAUUACCAAAACCUUGCCAAAACCAGCAAACCCUCCACCAAACGGACCACCAGGGCAACCAAAUGGACCACCACCUCCACAACAACAACAGGGAAAUGGAGGAUACGUUCCACCUGCCGUUUACCCAAGUGCUCCACCACCAGUUCAACCAGGAUAUAAUCCACGUCCUGCCAGCGGACAAUCAUACCCAUCUGGACCACAAGGACCUCCAGCAUACGGAGCUCAGUAUCCUAAUAACUAUCCACAACAACCUGCAGGAGUUCCAACUUCAUCUCAUACGACUGUCAUCGUUAGAGAUGGAGGAUACGGUGGUGGUGGAUACGGUGGAUAUGGCGGUGGAGGUGGUUUCGGAAGCACUGGACUUGGUUUUGGAUCUGGAAUCUUGGCUGGAAGUCUUCUGGGAUACGGAUUGGGAUCCAUGUGGGGAGGAGGACAUCAUUAUGGAGGAGGAUUCGGAGGUGGAUACGGUGGAGGAUACGGAAUGGGUGGUGGUUAUUACUCGGAUAAUGACACAAACGUCACCAAUAAUUACUACAACUACGGAGACGGAGGAAACAACCAUGAUAGUAGUUCGAGCAACCUGAAUGAUAGUGCAGGGAAUGCCAACAAUCAAUCCCAACAACAGUCGGAAAACAAUUAUGGAAACGCCAACGCGGAUCAAGGAAACGACGGUUACGAUUAUGGAAAUUCGACCGAAGACUACGGAAACGCUGGUUUCGAUGCUGGAGACUACGGAGGUGGAGACUUCGGUGGUGGUGGUUACGAUUCUGGAGACUAUGGAGGUGGAGGAUACGAUUCGGGUGACUUCGGCGGUGGUGACUUUGGAGGAGGCGACUAUUAA